UAAAACAGGAAGUUGCUACCCUUCCAUUCAUAGUGUUCUACUACUUUAUGCUGUUUUCAUUACAGCACGUAUUCAUUACUUUACUUCAAAAUGCGUCGGAGAACGGAAGCUCAAUCGUCAAGCAACGAACCGCCUCAUGCAGAUAAGAAGGAUCCAGUCCAAAGACCCCAGCGCAAGGCUGAAGCUAAAGGCAGAAUGUCUUACCGUUCUGUGCUCAUAAAUAUUGGAAAGUGUUUACUCCUAAUUAUCAUCAUCCCUCCAUUCCUCAACUAUGCAUCGCUGCAGAGGGAAGGACAGAUGCUGUUGCCCAAAGAUGGCCAGAUUGUUGAUGUCAGUUUGGGUCAAAAGAUGCAUCUUUUGUGUAAAGGAAAAGGAAACCCAGUUGUUAUACUGGACGCACCGACUGGAAUGUCGUCAGACAUUUGGUUUCAUGUCCAAGAAAGUGUGGCCACACUAACAAAGGUUUGCACCUAUGACAGAAUGGGACUGGGCUUCAGCAAGCGGCUGAUACAAAAUGAAACCACAGGAACUGAGAAAGUUUGGGGGAUGUCAACAACUGGACGGAUGGUGGAUGACUUGCACCGGCUCCUGCAGGCUGCUGGGAUUGCCAAACCCUUCAUCCUUGUGGGCUCCGAGCUCGGUGCUUUCAAUGGCAGGUUCUACAGCCACAUUCACGAUGUGCAAGUGUCAGACCUGGUGCUGAUUGAUCCCAUCCCAGAGGACAUUUUUGAGGAGGACCAGUGGAAGCAGUACUGGUAUGGUAAGCUGCUGCCGUCGUUCCAAGCCAGACAGUUCUCAGCAGCUACAGGGCUGAGCCGCAUCCUGAUUAUCCUGGGGGCUAUUGAACCGACUGUCGGAGGCCAAAAUGUCUCAGAGGAGGUCAUCCAGCGCCAGAAAUACCUGCUCAGUAACCCUGCCCAUCAAAGCAAUGCUGUGGAUGAGCAUUACUUUAUGAAUGAAAGUGCAGCUCAAGUUAGGGACAUCACAAAGUUUAAGCCCAUCUCGAGCAGGGUGUCAGUGAGUGUGAUCACUGGAGAUUCAUAUGACGAGCAAAUACCAGAACACCUCAACCAGAUGGUAGCUAGGCUUCAAAAGAAGUUUCUGGAGGAGUCCUACCCAUCAGCCAAUCAGAUUCACAUAAAAGGAGCAGACCGACGAAUGAUCUACAAGAAGCCAUCUGCCAUCAGCCAGCACCUGCGAAGGCUCGUCAACCAGCGACAAGCCAAACAGCAGAGCGAGUGACCCAUGGCCAAAAUGUAACCGUACCCCAGACCUGGACAGAAUAAUAGUUGAAUAUGUUUAAAAUAUUCAAUAAAAUAUCCAAGUUAUCUUUUUACCUUUCCCUGAAGCAAUCUGUAGAGAUUGUCUACAUGUCUGCUGAGGUUCAUCAAGGAGACCAUUUUAGAGCACAGCUCUGCCUUAUUGGAAGCUUUUUAAUUGAAGAUAACUGGAGGGUAUUCAGUGUGAUGGAGAAUUUGCUGUCUUAGAUUCAGAUAUUAUUAUCUUUUAAGUUGUUAUUUCAGUCACUUUACCUGAUUGGUCAGUGCCAAAAAUUAAUACAUAACUCCAUAUCAAUGUAAAGGCCACACAUUUCACUGCUCAACCUAAUAUUUUUUAUCUCAUCUGCUUCUGUCUCAAUAUUCUGCCAUGUUGUAGCCCCAGGCAAAGGUACAUUGAGUUCCUCUGCCUCUGCCGCAUCAGCUUCAGUCAUCUGUAAUGUGCACAUAAUUGAGUUACACCACUAUCAGACUCUAUUUAUGGACUUGAUUGGAUUAAUCCUAUAAAUUGCAACAGAUGAAUCUGGCUGGCAAACCCAAUUUUGUAUUUUUCUAAACAGAUCUUAAUGUACUUUUGUCUAUUUUAACUAUGGCAAACAUGAACUGUUGAAAGAAAGACCAGACAGUAUUGGUUUAUCCUGAGGAUUUAAGUUUAAUUAUGACACCACAUCAAAAUAAAAAUUUCCAACA